AACGAAGAUUUGUGGACAGUCAACAUGGGCGUGAAUCCGAACCACAACGAUGGCUGGCAGCUGGGCCUCCUCCUGACAGUCAGUGAAGAGGCCCAAGCAACGACGAUCAUAAACUUGACACUAAACCACAUUUCAAAUCUGUUCGUACGACUCCACGGUCAUUUUGGUGAAGGAGAAAUCGCUGAGGAUGGCUUAUUUCCCAUGCCGAAGAAGCAGUCCUUUCCCCUCGCUGUCACAGUCCGUCGAUACAAUCUAGAACUUCAAAUGGGUCAUGCGGAGAAGGCCGCAGCACAUAGACUAGGGAAUAUCGAUGGGAUAACAACUUCGACUCUUGAAUUAAAGAACAUAGUUGCUGCUGAAAACUUCAAUGUGUCACGCGGUUGCGCCGAGGUCAAUAACAGUCGAACAUCCAAGAUACUGAAAUAUGCAGUUCAGCCAAGAUUUUCAGGUACAGCCACUACACUGGACUAUUCGGCUCAUACGACAUUACCAGAAAACAACACUAUAGUCAUAGUUGCGGCUUCGUGCGGCGCUGCGGCCCUCGCGAUGGCAGCGACCUUGGUGAUCUACUGCGCUUCCAGGCGACUGCGCGGAACCCCACCUGACAACGCAGCCUCCUGCUCUGUCCAGGACGAAGGACCUCGCCCCGUCCAAGCUCAAGCCCAGCAGGAUAUCCGCGUCCACGCUUUAUCUGACAACACUUACGUAAACGUUGCCACGCCUGCCCAGGAACACAGUACUGCACACGCCACUUGGGUUGCUUCAGGCCAAAUGGGUAUGGGCAGCGCACUGUGCGUAGACGAACACCACAGUUCUCCCGAGGAACACAUCUACGAGAGUGCAGGUGAUAUAGCCGUACCGAUGUACACAGACUAUGCAAACUACCAAGAAAGGAGUUUUCCUGAAGAACACAUCUACGAAAGUGCAAGUGAUAAAGAGGAACAGACGCACACGAACUGUGCAAACUACCAAGAAAGGAGUUUUCCUGAAGAACACAUAUACGAGAGUGCAGGUGAUAUAGCCGUACCGAAGUACACAGACUAUGCAAACUACCAAGAAAGGAGUUUUCCUGAAGAACACAUCUACGACACUGCAAGUGAUAAAGAGGAACAGACGCACACGAACUGUGCAAACUACCAACAAAAGUGUUCUCUCGAGGAACACAUCUACGAGAGUGCAACUGACACUGAAGAAUCAUCCGACAGCCGGUCGAAGAGAAACAGCAUUUACGAGUGCGAAAGGGACACGGAUUCACAGCAGUCACUCAGAAACAGCAUUUAUGCGGAUUUCACAUGAGUAUUUCCACAGCUGCUCUCACAGUGUUGACUGCAUUUGCUAUUAUGUAUUUCGUUUUCUAUAUGAGGUCAUGAGAAGCAUAUAGUAAAGAAGUUUGUUGCAAUAUAUUUCUAUAUCACUGCGAUAGAAGAUUGGCAGUAAUUAAGUGAAGUUUCACACCUUAUGUACAUUGCAUAUUCUUCAAACUUUAUUAUGUAUAAUCUAAGAGUUGAUAAUUGAUGCUCCAUAUUCAGCCUAUAUUACGAUUUGACAAUUCGUGAUUAUUGAUUGACUUACUUCCUAUGACUUAGUAUACACACACUUGUAAAUAGACGAAUAAAGAGGUAAAACAGCAAUUCAUUUCACA